AUGGCGACUGUUGUAACAAAAGCCGUGGAAGAACCCAAAAAAACUGUUAAGCGCGAUACCUUACGGGCUAUAGAACAAAAAGUUCUGCAAUUAUGGGAAAAUGAACAUGCGUUUGAGAUUAAUGCACCCACAAUUGAGGAAGAGCCCGAUGAUUCUAUUUUACAUGAAAAGUAUCCAAAACAUAUGGGAACUUUCCCAUAUCCCUACAUGAAUGGAAGAUUGCAUUUAGGCCAUCUUUUCACCAUUACAAAAGUUGAGUUUGCCACCGGCUAUGAACGAAUGAAAGGAAAGAGAGCUUUAUUUCCUUUAGGUUUUCAUUGUACUGGUAUGCCAAUUAAGGCUUGUGCCGAUAAACUAUCUCGUGAAAUCGAACAGUUUGGACCUGAGUUUAAAAUACCAGAUCAAAAUAAUCUAGAAGAAAGUGUCAAAAAUUUAGAAUUGAAUGAUGAUAAUGCUAUUAAAUCACAAGAUCCUUCUAAUAAAGUGUCUAGCAAAAAGGGCAAAGUUGCUGCAAAGUCGACGGAUCUGAAAUAUCAAUUUCAAAUAAUGCAGAGUAUGGGUGUGCCUUAUAAUGAGAUUGCGAAAUUCUCGGACUCAAAUCAUUGGCUUUAUUAUUUCCCCCCAUUGGCCAUUUGGCAAAUGAGAAAAUUAAAGGAUCUUAACAAGGUGAAAUUUGGUGAACGAUAUACUAUAUAUUCACCAUUUGAUGGUCAACCCUGCAUGGAUCAUGAUCGGCAAAGUGGUGAAGGUGUUGGUCCACAAGAAUAUACUGGAAUUAAACUUCAAGUUAUAGAAUGGAGUAAAGAGGCUCAAAAUGUUUUAGGUUCAAUUGAGGAAUUAAAAGACAAACAUAUAUAUUUCAUCGCUGCUACUUUGAGGCCUGAAACAAUGUAUGGUCAGACAAAUUGUUUUGUUGGAACUGGCCUAACUUAUGGCCUUUAUAAAAUAAAUGAGACAGACGUAUUUUUAUGCACUUAUCGUGCUGCCCGUAAUAUGGCAUUUCAAGGUUUUUCUAGCGAACGUGGCGUAGUUCAUCAAUUAGCUGAAAUUAAAGGUACCGCUUUAAUCGGUACUAAAGUGAAAGCUCCAUUAAGUGUAUAUGAACGCGUCUAUAUCUUGCCAAUGGAGAAUGUUUUAGCUACAAAGGGUACAGGUGUUGUCACCUCUGUACCUUCGGAUUCUCCUGAUGAUUAUACAGCGCUUCAAGAUCUCAAGAAGAAACCUGAUUAUUAUAAAAUUGAUCCUUCGUGGGCAGCUUUCGAUCCUGUUCCUAUUAUAGAUACGCCGGCAUAUGGUAAUUUAGCCGCACCAACAGUGUGUCAGCAAAAGAAGAUUAAUUCCCAAAAAGAUCGAGUACAAUUAGCUGAAGCCAAGGAGAUAGUAUAUAAAGAAGGGUUUUAUAAUGGUAUUAUGUUAGUUGGUGAUUACAAGGGUAAACAAGUUCAAGAAGCGAAACCUCUGGUUAAAAAUUUAUUGGUUUCCACCGGCCAAGGAUUUGUAUAUAAUGAACCAGAAGGUCUUGUAAUGUCUCGAUCUGGUGACGAAUGUGUUGUAGCAUUAUGUGACCAAUGGUAUCUGGAUUAUGGUGAAGAAGAAUGGAGGAAGCAGGCCGAAAACUGUUUAAAAAAAUUAAAUACAUAUGGCACUGAGACAAGGCACCAGUUCGAACAAACCCUUGCUUGGUUAAAUAAAUGGGCUUGCGCUAGGUCUUAUGGUCUUGGAUCAAGAUUACCGUGGGAUCCUCAAUAUUUAGUGGAAAGUUUGUCCGAUUCCACGAUAUAUAUGGCAUAUUAUACAGUUACACAUUUAUUGCAUGGUGGUACUCUUGAUGGAUCGAAGCCGGGACCACUCGGAAUUCAGGCUUCAGAAAUGACAGAUCAAGUUUGGGAAUAUAUAUUUUGUGAUGGACCAUUUCCAACAACGUCCUCAAUCACACAGGAAAAACUUGAUAAAUUGAAACGAGAGUUCAAAUAUUUUUAUCCUUUAGAUCUAAGAGUUUCUGGAAAGGAUUUGAUUCCAAAUCAUUUAACAUUCUUUAUUUAUAAUCAUGUUGCUAUUUUCCCCGAACACAAUUGGCCUCGUGGUGUAAGAUCAAAUGGCCAUUUGCAAAUAAAUGGUGAAAAGAUGAGUAAAAGUAGUGGCAAUUUUAUGAUCGUUGCAGAAGCAGUGGAGAAAUAUGGUGCUGAUGCUACUAGACUUACUCUAGCAGAUGCGGGUGAUUCAAUUGAGGAUGCUAACUUUGAAGAAUCCACCGCUAAUGCGGCAAUUUUAAGGUUAUUUACACUGAAAGAAUGGUGCGAGGAACAAGUUAAAAAUCAAGAUAAUCUUCGCAUGGGUCCGACAGAUAGUUUCCAUGACCGUGCGUUUGAGAAUGAGAUUAAUAAAUUAAUUCAACAAACUGACAAAGCUUAUGAAGACGCCUUUUAUCGUGAUGCACUUAAAUACGGAUUUUAUGAGCUUCAAACUGCGCGUGAUUGGUAUCGUGAAGCCACAGCGAACGAAGGAAUGCACAAAGAUCUGAUCUUGCGAUGGAUAGAAGUACAAGCAUUAUUACUAUCACCAAUUGCUCCACAUUGGUCUGAAUAUGUUUGGAGCGAAAUUCUAUCGAAGAAAGGCUUUAUCAUUAAUGCACCUUUUCCGAAACCUUCACACUCAGUCGACGAAAGUUUACUUGAAGCAGCAGAAUAUGUUCGAAAAAUAAUUAAAUCAAUACGUGAUUUAGAAAUUGCAUCACAAAAGAAAAAGAAGAAAGGUAAAGCAGAAGAUUUUGACCCAAACAAACCUAAAACACUUAAAAUAUUUAUUGCAACAAGUUUUCCGGAAUGGCAAGAUAUUGUUGUUGAAGCGUUAAAACAGAAUUUCAAUGAGGACACGAAAUCGUUUGAUGAUGUUAAAAUUAGAGAAUAUUUAUCAGAAAAAGGAAUUUUGAAGAAUAAAAAGACUAUGCCAUUCGUUCAAGAGUUCAAAAAACGGGUGGAAAAAUUUGGCACGGUAGCGUUUAACAGAGCAUUAUUGUUUAAUGAGCAUGAUGCUCUCGUGACGUCUAAAGAAUAUUUGCAGCGUAGUCUAGGGUAUGUUGAUGUAAAAGUUUUAAGAGAGGAUGAAGCAAAGGAGGAAGAAGAAAAAAGAGCAAUCGAAUUAGCGAUCCCUGGUGAACCUGGGUUUUUAUUUAAGAAUAUUGUAGAAAAUUAA